AUGCCACUUUAUCCGAGCUUCAGACCUUUGCCGGACGACAAAACCCGAAAGAAAAAGAAAAAAUGCGAGAACAACAAAGGUCGAGAGGAUGUUAGCGUGGAUAGAUCUAAACAGAAGAAGGAUGCAAUUAGGGUUCCAGAUCUGCAAUCAGAGGAGUUUGUAAGAAUUGGGGAUGAAGUUCAAGUUUCGUCUGGCAAUAGGAAGGUAGCAGUUAAAGAGAUUCCGAAUUUGACUACACCAACAGAAGUAACAGGUUCUCAAAUGCGUCAAACCCCCAGUAUUGGGCAUAGCAGUGAAAAGAAGCAAGGCGAAGUUGAGCUACUGGGGCGAGAUCCGACUGCUAAGCGCCAAUUGCAAUGGCCAGAGAUGAUAGAACGAGACGGGAUGCAAGGAGUCUGGGCUAAGACUGAUACAAAUAAAUUCAAAGCACCCUCAGGCAAAUUGCAGUUCAUACCGCCAAAGGAGGUGGCUGGACAGAGCAUAGCUCAGAUGCAGAUGGAGGAUGUUAAAACUGAAGCGGAAUACUGGGAAUCUUCUAUUGCAUGUUUUGUACUAGGUGCUCAUCCACCAAUAGGUGUUAUGGAAAGAUAUUUCCACAAGCUCUGGGGAAACCUAGGCAUUGAUAAGGUAAUUCUCCUGCCUAGUGGGCUUUUUGUUGUUAGAUUUACAACCUUGAACGCUAGAGAUACAGUGCUAAAUGUAAAUUUCUACCACUUUGGGUCAAAGCCCUUAAUAGUGAAACCUAGGGAUGUAGAAAAAGGGAUCAAUUAUAAUGAUGUUGAGUAUGGCUUGGAAGUUAAGUUCUGGAAUCUUAAUUGCCUUAGCAGAUUGGUAAGUGCAAUUGGAACUCCAAUUUUAGCAGACGAUUAUACUGUUAGAAAGGAGAGAGUUCAGUUUGCUAGGGUUCUGGUUGAAGUGAAAAUAGCAGCUGCUGUACCUGAUAAACUGGUCUUUGAGGAUGAGAAGGGGAAUGUAAAGGAUGAAGGACGAAAUAACGCUGCCAAGACCAUAGCAACUGAUGACAACCAAAGGAAUCCAAUUGUGAGAAGAAAAGAUCAAUCCUCAAGUGAGAUGAGUACCAUCAACAGUAAUGGGCAGCCUGCAACUAGCUUUCAUGAGGAAGGAAACCUAGAGAAGAUAAAGGGGGUUCAGAGUGGUGAAGUUGAGAAUGUGAAAAGGAAGAUGUUCACAUGGUGCAACCAAAGAGUAGGAACUGAAAGGAUAUACGCCAAGCUAGACAGAGCAUUGGUCAAUGGUGAAUGGAUUGAUCAAUAUGCAGAGUCUAUAGCAACCGUAUUGAUGAAAGGAGUAUCGGAUCACUCACCACUUGAGGUCCAGUUCAAGGUAGAAAUGCAGAAGAGGAGAAGUGCUUUUAGAUUUUUCAACAUGUGGUGUCUAUCCACUGAUUUUCAGAGAACAGUGGAAAGGAGUUGGGCAGAAAAAGUGGAAGGCACUUGUAUGUAUCAAUUAUGCCAGAAGUUGAAAAGCGCAUCUUUCUGGGAAGUUGAGGCUAAAAGCGAUGCCAGUUGGCAAUGGAAGCAGCUUUUGAAGGUCAGGGAUCAGGGGAAACUUGGUUUUGCCGGAAGUAGGUGGCUGGCUUCAAGCAAUGGUAAAUACACUGUGAAAUCAGGGAAAAUAGCAGCAAGUGAAGCACGGUGGAGAAUGCAAAUUCUGAAUAUGUGGAAAGGACAGAAGAUCAAAAGAAGGCUUCUUUGGGCAGUAAUAGCUGCUUGUACAUAUCAGCUAUGGGAGGAGAGAAAUCGCAGGCAUUUCCAGCAACUGGAGAGAAGCCCAGAACAAAUCAUGCUACUGAUCAAAGAUGAAAUGAGAGGCCGCUUCUUGUACUGUCACAAGAUGAAGAACAGAGCAGUAGCAGCAAUCUUUGAUAGGCUGGAUCAUGCUGAGUGUGUAUUGUGUCAGGAUAAUGUGGAGGAAUCUGCUAGUCAUUUAUUCUUCGAGUGUGGGUAUUCUGAGAAACUGUUGAAUGGAGUUAAGGAAUGGUUGCAUUUGGAACUGAGACAGAAGAUGUUACAGCAGCUGGUAAUACGGAUUAAGAAUGUGUAUAGAUAUCAGAAAAUGGAACAGAAACUGGCGUGUGGAGCAUUAAUGGCAUGUGUUUAUCACAUCUGGAUGGAGAGGAAUGCAAGGAGAUUCCAGCAAAAGCAGAAACAGGAGGAAGUUAGGCUGGUGGAAAUUAAAAAGGAGUUGAUGUAUAGAGUUCAGUGCAUCAGUUCAAAACUGAAAGCCAAAACUGUCAGAUACUUAGACAGUAUAACUAGCAAUUUUGUAUAG